GUUGAAAAAAGACUAAAAAUAAAUAAAACCAAGAGAAAAAGGUGGAGAGAGUUCUGUGGCGAAGGCCACAUAAUAAUAUCAUUUCAUUGAUUUCAGUUCUUUUUACUAAUAUUAAUUUGAUCAAACGCUAGAAAUUAUUGCCUGAUUCACAACGCCAAUCCAUUCCACUCCCAUCGCAAUGGCUACCUGCUCUUCCUCCUCCUCGGGAUCCGAAGAAGAAGACGAGGGAUUCGAUUCGUACAGGAAAGGAGGCUACCAUGCUGUCAGGAUCGCCGAUUCAUUCGCCGGCGGCCGAUACAUCGCCCAGAAGAAACUCGGCUGGGGUCAGUUCUCCACCGUGUGGCUUGCCUACGAUACUCAAUCUUCUAAAUAUGUUGCCUUAAAGAUCCAGAAGAGUGCUCCAGAAUUUGCUCAAGCUGCUGCUCAUGAGAUAGAAGUUCUUUCUGCCAUUGCUAAUGGCGAUCCUUCAAAUGAAAAAUCUGUUGUACGGUUAGUGGAUCACUUUAAGCAUGUUGGCCCAAACGGGCAGCAUCCAUGCAUGGUCCUGGAAUUUCUCGGUGAUAGUUUACUGCGCCUUGUUAAGUAUAACCGGUACAAAGGACUUGAGUUGAAUAAAGUAAGGGAGAUAUGCCGAUGCAUUCUAGUAGCACUUGAUUAUAUACAUGGGGAGCUUGGAAUUUUACAUACUGACCUGAAACUUGAAAACAUUCUUCUAUGUUCCACCAUUAAUCCUUCGAAAGAUCCAGUUAGAUCAGGAAUGACUCCAAUUCUUGAAAGGCCAGAGGGGAGUGGACUCAGUGGAGCAACCUCGAAUAUCAUAGAAAAAAAACUAAAGCAAAGGGCACGAAGAGCAGUUGCAAGGAUAUCAGAGAAGCGAUCUACAAUGGAAGGGGUGACACAUGCAUCUGCAAAGCCUGCCAGGUGCUUGGAUGGGAUUGACUUGAGAUGUAAGGUUGUAGAUUUCGGAAAUGCAUGUUGGGCGAAGAGUCCGAUAGCUGAAGAAAUUCAAACUAGACAGUACAGAGCCCCAGAAGUUAUACUUCAAGCUGGUUAUUCUUAUCCUGCGGAUAUGUGGUCUUUUGCUUGUAUUGCCUUUGAACUCGCGACUGGUGAAAUGAUGUUUACUCCAAAAGGCGGAGAAGGCUUCAGUGAGGAUGAGGAUCACCUUGCUUUGAUGAUGGAGGUCCUCGGAAAGAUGCCACGGAAGGUUGCUUCAUCGGGGGUUCGAUCCAAAGAUUACUUCAAUAGAUAUGGUGAUUUGAAAAGGAUUCGAAGACUCAAGUACUCAUCUCUUGAUCGACUACUCGUGGAUAAAUAUAAAUUUUCUGACACAGAUGCUCGAGAACUUGCUGCCUUUCUUUGUCCCAUACUUGAUUUCGAGCCUGAGAAGAGACCAUCUGCCCGAAAAUGCCUACAAGAUCCGUGGCUCAAUAUCAAGUGAGCAAGAAAGAUGAGUAUUGGAAUGAAGUGAGUAGGGAAGAAGAGGUACUUCUCUACAUUUGUUUUGUGUGUUGUUUUCUAUUGUAUAUUUAGAAGGAAAAAAACUUUUAAAAAAAAAUUGAUUGAUAGAAUUUGAUUACAUGAUCACUCCGUUGUAGUAACUUAGUAUAUGAUUAGGAGUGGGAAAUGGUACCACGUGAGGCAUUGAUUGAAUCCCCAAUACCUAAUACAUGAAGAUUUUGUUGUAUAUUUCAUGAAUUUUUUGGUUUGGAAAACUAAUCAAACUUUGAAUUGAAAUUGAUUGCUAAUUUGUUGGUUUGA